AUGGCGGCGAGAGGCGUGCAGGCGCCGCGGCGGCCGGUGACGCUGCGGGACUUCCUGGAGCUCAGAUGCGACUCCAGCAGCGACGGCUUCCGCUCCUACCCGCGCCGCCUGCCCCUCGUUCCCGACGCCGACGCCGUGCUGCAGCAGCCGGCCCCGCGGGCCGAGUCCGCGGCCCAGCUCCUCCGGCGGAGCCCCUCGCGGUCGCCGUCCUCGCUCUCGCUCUCGCUCUUCUCCUCCGCCCCCAGCUCCGGCCCCGGCGCGCUCGCCAGGAUCUCCAGCCUCUCCAGGAGCUUCUCGCGCCGGAUCAAGGAAGGCUUCUGGAGGCGCCGCGACGAGGGCGACGACGACGAGGCGGCCUACUUCGACGACCGGGACUCGUGCGGCUUCCCUUCGCCGCUCGUCAGCAGCUGCUCCUCGUCCGACUCAGGCGAGUCCGAGUACGCCGCCGAGUCCGAGGCGGACGUGACGACGACGACCGAGGAGACGACGCCGGUGUCCGAGCGCGACAAGGCUACCACCUCCACCUCGUCGUCGUCGUCGUCCUCCUCCUCCUCCAGCUCGGCGGACCACGACCGCACGGACGCCGCCGCCGCAGCUGACGCGAAGAAGGUGCAGGCGGAAGCGGACGGCGACUCCGCGGUGGGGCGGAAGAAGCUGAUGGGGGCCAGCAUGGUGGUGGUGGAGGACAAGCAACAGCUCAGCCCCGUGUCGGUUCUGGAUUUCCACUUCGACGACGACGACGGCGAGGAAGGGAGCGAUGCCGGCACCUGUUCCUCCCCGCUUUCCAGUUCCAGCGCUGCACGCCGCCGGGGGACCUCCAGACGAGCUUGGAUGUCAUCAUCGGACGUACUGCACGCAGGGACGAAGCAGCAGGUGCAGUUGCUGCACAAGAUCGGACGGUACGACGGAGGCGGCGUCGCGCAGGGAAUCGACCCCGUGGACCUCGACGUACGGUUCACGGCGGCCACCUCGGAGUCCGGGGACUCCGCCGACGCCAGCACGCGUCUCACAACUACCACCAGCGGCUCGAGCACGAACAGCAGCAGCAGCGCGGAGACGACGGCGACACGGCACGACGACGACGAGGUGGAGCACCAGAGCGCCGACCACUCGUCCUUGCCCGAUCACCACCAGGAGCAAGAAGAGCCCGACGACGAGUACCGUUUGCUCGCGCGGCUGCUGGAGCACGACGCGGCGGCGGCGGCGUGCCUGGACGACGAGGUCUCCCGCGUGCUCGUCCUCGACUUCUUCGCGGAGGGCGCCGACCGUCUCGUCCGUUCGGAGGCCGGCGGCAGGCCGCUGGACGACGACCGAAGCGAAGCGGCGGCGGAGGCGCUGGUGGGCGCGGCCGCCGAGUGGCUGCGUGGCGCGGGGCCGCGGUGGGGCAUCGGGGACGUGGUGCUCUCUGGGAAGGCGGCGCUGGACGACAUGGAGCGGAGCCGGCGGUGGAUGUGCGUGAGCGAGGAGGAGCGCGACGUCGGCGCGGACGUGGAGGGCGCCGUGGUCGACGCGCUGCUGGACGAGCUCGUCAGGGAGCUGGCCGUGCUCUGCCUUGGUGGCCGCGCGGUGAUAUGGUCGUCGAUGCGUCGGAGCUAG